AUGGCAUCAACCGACAUCGAGACCCGCCUUUUUAUUGAUGGCAAAUUUGUGCCAUCAAUCGACGGCGCCAAGUUCGACGUGGUCAAUCCUUAUAGCGGCGACGUUGUCGCGCAAGUGUACGAGGGUCGGGCAAAUGACGUUGAUCGCGCAGUAGAGAGUGCCAAAAAGGCGUUUCCCUUCUGGUCAGAGGUCGAUGGAUCCGAACGUCGCCGUCUCAUGCUGCGCUUGGCUGAUCUGAUGGAUGAAAAUGCCGAGGAAUUCGCCCGAUUGGAGGCCAUGUGCAUGGGAAAACCGGUGUCUACGUACAUGGACCAAUCCCUAGGCGGGGCAACACUGCGAUACUAUGCAGGGAAAGCCCUGGACGUUCAUGGCGUCACCUCGCUGACAUCUAAAGACCACUUGAACUUAUCGAUUCGCCAGCCCUACGGCGUUACAGGCGCUAUUAUCCCCUGGAACGUCCCAAUGAUUAUGAUCUGCUUCAAAGUCGGCCCCGCACUCAUCGCAGGCAAUACACUUGUGUUAAAGUCAUCCGAAAAGGCGCCGUUGACCUCAAUCCUGUUCGCCAAACUGGCCCAUGAGGCCGGCUUCCCGCCUGGAGUGCUAAACAUCCUGUCUGGAUUCGGUCUGCCCUGCGGAGAUGCCAUUGCGCGGCACAUGGACAUCCGCAAGAUUGCCUUUACGGGGAGCAAGGAUACGGGGAAGCUUAUCCAGAAGGCGGCGGUAGAUUCAAACCUCAAGUCAUGCACGCUAGAACUAGGUGGAAAGAGCCCCCUUCUCGUGUUCGAGGAUGCCGACCUCGAAAAGGCCGCUGCCUUGGCGGCCUUUUCCAUUGUCUCCAAUUCCGGGCAGGUCUGCAUGGCUUCUUCGCGGGUCUACGUGCAGGAGAGUAUCGUCACCGAAUUUACCCAGCUGUAUGUCCAGGCUAUCCGGCAGCUCUCAGGUCAGGCCGGUAACCCGCUCAAGAAAGAAACUCGGUUCGGGCCCCAGGCGGACGCACAGCAGUUCAAGAACGUGUCCGAGUACCUCCGAAAGGCGCAGGAGGAUAGACUGAAAAAGUUUUCUAUUGGGACCGCGCCGGAGGAAGGCAACAACUUUGUUGCUCCCGUCAUCUUCCAGGAUGUGCCAGAGAGUCAUGUUCUGAUGAAAGGCGAAAUUUUCGGCACCGUAUCCUGCCUUAACACCUUCACCAGUGAGGACGAGGUGAUCCGUGCCGCUAACGCCUCCGAAUAUGGCCUCUAUGCCAGCGUCUUCACGCGCGACAUUACCCGAGCCAUCAGGGUCGCCAAGAGCUUUGAGGCAGGCUCUGUGGGCGUCAACACGACAUCGCCGUACUACUGCCAAGACCUGCCCCUGGGCGGGUACAAAGGGUCCGGAACCGGGCGGGAACUGGGUGAGGAGGGACUCCUGGCCUGGACGGAGGUCAAAUCCGUGUAUAUUUCGUUGUUGUAGGCUUCGGACCAUGAUGGGACGUUUGUGAGUAACCUAGGCUUUCGUAAGCCGUGAUUGUUAAUUCAUCCGAUCCUUUUGGAGGAGCAUAUAGCCGGCAGGGCUCCACUCGCCAGACUAUAGAUGCCGGUUGGGAUAAUUAAAUCAGACUUGGCUUCCACAAUUGUUAUUUCCCCUCGAUACCAUGACUUCCAUCUUCCUCAUUGGCCCUGGUCUUAUCGGCGGGUAGGCGCUCGAUCCAGGAAAAGACGUAGCAAAUCUCCA